GAACAGCAGCAUCUCUGGACAGGAGACAAGAGGAGAAACAGCAGCAUCUCUGGACAGGAGACAAGAGGAGGAACAGCAGCAUCACUGGACAGGAGACUGAGACAGGAGACAAGAGGAGGGACACUCAGCAGCAUCAGCCGUUCCUGUGGGGUGCUGGUCCAAUCUCCUGAAAAUCUCCCGCCCCUGCUCAGCUAAUCAACACUGAGACACAUCAUGUGUGACGGUGAAGUUUUCUGAGGGGAACGUGUCAGAACCUGUCUUCUCUGUCAGCCUUUGUGAACCAAGCCGUAGUGCACUAUGGGAGGCGUGGUGGCGGACGUGGAUGCAGGUGGGGUGAAGGCUCCAGAUGGCGGGUGGGGCUGGGCGGUGCUGGCCGGCUGUUUUGUCAUCACGGGGUUCUCCUACGCUUUCCCUAAAGCAGUCAGCGUGUUCUUCAAAGAGCUGAUCAGGGAGUUCGGGGUGGGUUACAGCGACACGGCCUGGAUCUCCUCCAUACUGCUGGCCAUGCUCUACGGCACAGGCCCUCUGUGCAGCGUACUGGUGAACCGCUUCGGCUGCCGUCCAGUGAUGAUGGUGGGCGGCCUCUUUGCCUCUUUGGGAAUGAUCCUGGCCUCCUUCUCCACCAGCAUCAUCCACAUCUACCUCUCUACUGGGGUCAUUACAGGUUUGGGGUUAGCCCUGAACUUCCAACCAUCUCUCAUUAUGCUCAACCGCUACUUCAGUGAGAAGCGUCCUCUGGCCAAUGGGCUGUCAGCAGCAGGAAGCCCCGUGGCCCUCUGCUGCCUCUCGCCUCUGGGCCAGGUCCUCCAGUACCAGUAUGGAUGGAGGGGGGGCUUCCUCAUCUUGGGUGGCCUUCUACUGAACUGUUGUGUGUGUGGGGCUCUCAUGAAGCCUCUGGUUUCACCCAAGAUGCUCAAGGAUAAGGACCUGGAACAGGUCGACAAAGAAGAAGAAACAGAGAAGAAGAAGAAGCCUAAAACCAAACUGCUGGACUUCUCUGUGUUCAAAGACCGUGGGUUUCUCAUCUACACUGUGGCAGCAUCCAUCAUGGUGCUGGGGCUGUUUGUGCCUCCAGUGUUUGUUGUGAGCUAUGCUAAGGAGCUGGGGAAUGAGGACACCAAAUCGGCUCUGCUGCUCACCAUUCUGGGCUUCAUUGACAUUUUUGCACGGCCCACAUGUGGUGUGAUCGCCGGACUGAAAUGGGUGCGGCCACGCUGUGUCUACCUCUUCAGCUUUGCUAUGCUCUUCAAUGGAAUCACUGACCUGGUUGGAUCACAGGCCAAGGACUAUCCCUCACUGGUGGUUUUCUGCAUCUUCUUCGGCAUCUCCUAUGGCAUGGUGGGCGCCCUGCAGUUUGAAGUUCUCAUGGCAAUAGUCGGUACUGAGAAGUUCUCCAGUGCCAUUGGCCUUGUCCUGCUUAUGGAGGCCAUUGCUGUGCUGGUGGGUCCACCUGGUGCAGGCCGACUUCUCGACGCCACCAAGAACUACAUGUACGUCUUCCUGCUGGCAGGAUGCGAGGUGGUCCUCUCAGCUCUGGUUCUGGCCAUAUGCAACUUCUUGUUUAUCAGAAAAAAGUCCUCAGCGUCGGCAGACAAGCUCGAGAACAUCACAGUGACGGACAAUGCUGAGUCACUACAGGUGUGCUGCAAAGCUGCAGAGAUGAGUGAAGAAGAGGAGAAAGGAGCAAGAGAGGAACAAGAGAAGAAGUCAAAGAAGGACGAGGAGACAGACAAAGAAGGGGAGGUCAGGCCAGAGAGUGUAACAGUGGACUCAGAGGAAGUAGAAAGGUUCUUAAAGGAGCCGCAGCAAAAUGGUGACAUGGCCACAAGUCCUGAAACAUGCCUGUGAGCUGGGAUGGAGGAGGCUGGGUGAAAUUCUUCUCAUUCCUUUUUUUAUUCUUUAUUUUUUUAAAUAACCCCACAGCAGGUUAACUAAAUUUUGACGUGUUCUAUUGAGCACACUAUUGCAUAGUUGUGCUUUCGUUAAAUUGAGUGUUUAUUCUGUGUGUCCAUGUCUGUCUUGGUGUCACUGCCAUAGAGUAAAACUUAAGUCAGCAAUAUUUUAAAAUGUGGUGCCUAACAGUAUAUAAUAGAAUAACUACACUGAUUUAUGUAUACAGUUUUAUUUUUGAUGUUUAUAUCUUUACUCAUAGUGUCAACACAUCCUAUAACUACAACUUUAAGCUACAGUCAUGGAAAUAA